GGGACAGAAGCAGGUGAAUCUCUGUCUGUUCAAGGCCAGCCUAUAGAGCAAGGUCAGACAGCCAGGGCACCACAGAGAAAAUCUGUCUCAAAAAAACAAAAACCCACAGAAGGGGUAACAAUAUGUGCAAACUACAAAGAGACACAAAUACAGUGGUAGUACAGAAUCUGGCUUCUACUUGUAGUGGUUUUAAUGAGAAUGGCUCCCUUAAAUUCAUGUUUACAUACUGAGUCCCCAGCUGGGGGACUGUUUGGAGGAUUAGGUGUGGCCUUGUUGGAAAGAGUGUGGUCUUGUUGGAGGAGAUGUGUCACUGGGAGUGGGCUUUGGAGGUCUCAAAAGACCACAUCAGGCCUAGUGCCUGACUCUCUUUUUCUGCCUGCAUGCAGAUCAGGACAGAUACAGUUCUCAGCUACUUUUCCAGCACCAUGCUUCCCACUAUGGUGAUGACAGACUAACUCCAAAACUAUAAACAACUCCCCAAUUAAAUGCUUUCUUUCGAAGAGUUGCCAUAGUCAUGGUGUCUCUUCACAGCAAUAAACAGCAAGUAAGACUCCUCUACUCUUACCCCCCCUCCCCAUUUCUAAACAUGUGAACUUAUGUGUGGCUAGUUCCAUUUCAACGGUCCUGGAAAAAAGCAACAAGAGAAAUGUUACUAUGAGAAAAGCUAUGUAUGGUGGUACACAUCUCUAAUCCCAGCAGGUGGAAGGCCUGAGGCAGCGCUUUAUGGAGUUCAACACCAAUCUGGGCUACAAAUACCAAGCAAGCCUAGAAAAUACCUAACUCAAAAAUUAUUAAACCAUAGUCUAGGCCUCUCUGAGAUUUAGCUGACACAACUAUUAACAGCAUGUUACACUUACCUAUUCCAUCUUUUUCUUUCAUACAUUUCCUACCCAUUCUUCUUUUUGGGACACAUCAACUAAUAAAGCCCAGGCAUGCACCACUAUGUCCCAUUUACAAAGUAUUAGGAAUCAAAACAGGAAAGGAGAGCUAUAUUCCCAGUCCUUUAAAAAAAAAAAAAAUCUGUCUUAAGAUUUCACAAGACUGUGGGUGGUGGUGGUGCAUGCCUUUCAUCCCAACACUCAGGAGGCAGAAGCAGGCAGGCGAUAUGAGUCAAGGCCAGCCUGAUCUGCAAAAUCAAUUCCAGGGUACCCAGGGCUGCAGAGAAACGUGUGUGUGUGUGUGUGUGUGUGUGUGUGUGUGUGUGUGUAGGGGCGGGGUGGGGGCACAUUUAACAAGUCUUUCUCUGUCCCACCAGCAGCUCCCAAAUAAUAACACAGAGAGUUAUUAUUAUUAAUUAUAAAAGCUCGACCUAUAGUUUAGGCUUGUUCCUUUUUUUUUUUUUCUUUUCUUUUUUUUUUUGAUUUUUCGAGACAGGGUUUCUCCAUAGCUUUUGGUUCCUGUCCUGGAACUAGCUCUUGUAGACCAGGAUGGCCUCGAACUAACAGAGAUCCACCUGCCUUUGCCUCCCGAGUGCUGGGAUUAAAGGCGUGCGCCACCAUCGCCCAGCUAGGCUUGUUCCUAACUAGCUCUUACGACUUAAAACUAACCCGUUUCUAUUAAUUUAUAUUUUACCUUUCUUUCAUUCUGUAUGUCUGACUCCCUCUGUGUCUACUUGGCAUCUCCCUGCAUCUUCAUUGUCUCCUCCUACUCCCUCUCUAUGCCCAGAAGUCCCACCUAUACCUCCUGCCUAGCUAAUAGCUACUCAGCUCUUUAUUAAACCAAUCACAGCAAUGUAUCUUUACACAGUAUACAAAUAUCCCAUAUUUCCCCCUUUUGUCUAAAUAAAUUUCUAACACAGUAAAAUUUUAUACAAUAAGAACAAUUAUCAGGUAAGAAUUACAUUCACAGUGACCAAAAAAAUCCAUAUCAAUGUAUAAUAUUUGAAACUAUUAGUUUUAUUUUUUUUAUUUUUUAUUUUUGGUUUUUCGAGACAGGGUUUCUCUGUAGCUUUGGUGUCCGUCCUGGAACUAGCUCUUGUAGACCAGGCUGGCCUCGAACUCCCAGAGAUCCGCCUGCCUCUGCCUCCCGAGUGCUGGGAUUAAAGGCGUGCACCACCACCGCCUGGCAAAACUAUUAGUUUUUUAGUUUGAAAGCAGGUUUUAAAAAUCUAUCAUUUUAUUCUAUCAUUUCUAUACUCCCCCCUUAUUCUUUUCAGAACAAGACUCCUGAAUCUAAUCUCUUUGGUUCAGCUUUUUCCUGACCAUGAUCAAUAACAACUUGUAACCAACACCCUAAAAUGAUGACAAACAUCAAUAACCUACCAAAAUCACCCACCUCACCUUUUGGAAAUGUGGAUGUCCCCAGACUGCUUCCCAAGGGCAACAGCAUCUUUGGGGGACCCUAAUAAAAUUGGGAUAAUGGUCAAGUCCAGGAAGAGCUAACUGUAUUAUUUUUUGCUUAGUCUCUGUGUGAUGGGAAAGUGCAGGGCUCAUCCAAAGUCCUGCCUGGAGUAGUGUGUGAGGUUGGACCACCUAGGCUAGGAGCUUUGAAGUGGCUCUGGAUGAAGAAUUUUGAGAAAAAGGGCAUUCUGAGAGGCUGGAUCACCUGAGCUACUUAUUUUUACUGGUGUCUGGUCCCUUUUAUCUGAAAACACACAAACUUUUAAAGGCAAUAUAUGUAUAUGGAAAAUGCAGUAUGUACAAGUCAGUUGAAGAUGAUUUUCUUGUUUCAUGUUUGAGAUGGUAAAAGUCAUCUGUUAACUUUCUAAAUUUGUACUUCAAUUCAUGUCAUAUAAAAGGAUGGCAUAUAGUAAGUCAUGAGGGCUCUGUAGCCAACAAGUUUAUCAAGUCUCAUCCAGUCUCAGGGCUGUUCCCGCAUCAAGGGAUCAGCAUAUAUGUCACCUGUCCUAUAGUCUUUCUUGGUUUCUUUCUUCAUGUCACAAGCCAAGAUUUUUUUUUUUUUUUGGUUUUUUUUCGAGACAGGGUUUCUCUGUAGCUUUGGAGCCUGUCCUGGAACUCCCUUUGUAGACCAGGCUGGUCUCGAACUCCCAGAGAUCCGCCUGCCUCUGCCUCCCAGUGCUGGGAUUAAAGGUGUGCACCACCACCGCCCGGCUUCAAGCCAAGAUUUUUAGGUCUCCCCCAAUCAAAUUGGAUCUUCAUUCAUUUUGAAGAGAAUCCUAACUUUUUGUUUCCUGUGGAAACAUUUUUCCCAAUGCAACACACUUCCCAACUUCCAUUUUGAUGCCAAGACAUCUCUAAAGUAUAAAGGCUGGUUUAAUUCAGCAGUCCCUUCUAUAACCCAAUGUCUCUUUUUCAGGAGCUGCCAUUCGCUCAACAGCGUUCAAAAAAUUCAAAGUCAAUAAAACACCAUACAGGACCCAGAUGCCCUAUGUAUUUCCCAUUCUUACAUGACUUUUUUUUAAUUACCUUACUCUUUCUUUAAAGACUUUACUUUUAUUUUUAAACUUUUUUUUCCUAAGACUUUCUAUACUCCUUUUCUUUUUUCAGAAUCUAAGCACAUUUUUAAGCAUAUGUCUGUUCAGAGAUUCUCUCCAUCUGGUUCUAACUUUCUGUGCCCGUGCAUUCGCAGUGUUCUCUGAUGCGUGAGCCAAACCUUAAAUUGCUAAGCAGGCGGCAGCUAGGCUUCCACUGCAUGGCUCUGCUUAGCACAGGGCUGAUGAUGGCUGCUGGCUCCAUCCCCUUCAGGUUACCAAGAGCGGUCUCAGGCCUGCAGAGCCCCACUGGCCUGGAGCCAGGUCAAUCAAUCUAGGCUCCAGUAGGCAAUUCUACCUAGUCUCCCACCACCAAGUAGUAGCACACCCACUCAUAAACCCCGUUCAAGUGCUCAGUAGCAGGGCCUCUUAAAGAGUCACACCUCUGUACAUGGAGCCUACCCAGGAGACCGCUUUCUCAGGUCCUAUGUUGAACGCCCUAUGUAGCAAACUCUUGUUCAGUUAUCUUUGGACGGCCAGCCUGCAAAUAACUACAUGGAAACUUAUUAAUUAUGAAAGUUAGGCCAUAGCUGAGGUUUGUUCCUAACUAGCUCUUAUAACUUUAAUUAACCCAUUUCUAUUAAUCUAUGUUUUACUAUGUGGCUUUUUACCUUUCUUUCAUUCUGUAUGCCCAACUCCAUAUCUCAUUGGUGUCUCCCCUGUACCUCAAUUAUUUCCUCCUUUUUCCUCUGUCUGCCUGGAUGUCCCACCUAAACCUCCUGUCUAGCUAAUGGCCAUUCAGAACUUUACUGAACCAAUCACAACAAAAAAUCUUCACACAGUGUAUAAAUAUCUCACAACAAAUAAUAAUGAUGGUUCUUACGAAUGACCAUUCCUAAGCCCUAACAUCAAAUAGCUUCUAAUGCCACAAAAACAAAGCUAAUGACUGACCAUGUGCCUUUCUGUCAAAGACCUCACCACCACCUGAAAAACUGACUUGCCUUCCACACACCCCACCCUCCAUGAGGAACAGAAAAAAGUAAAACAACUUUGAUUAAGGCCCUAGAGCCAAACCAAGUUUUAAGGAAGGCAGGCAGAGCACUGCAACAAGCUAAAAACUACAACACAGGGAGGUUGCUCAACAACACCCAAACUCCGAAAACCUUCAACCAAUGAUCUGCCUCCAUCCCACUCUUGUGUGUGUAUCCAUGUGAGUCUAUAUGUAUGUAUUCAAGCACACACACACACACACACACAAAGGUUAAAGAACAACUUAACAGUAGCCUGUUCUCACCAUUACUAUGUGAGUCCAUUUCUUUUAAUUUGCCACUUGAAGUAUUUUAUUCUCUACAAAACAAGCUCCCUAAGGGUAAAGCCUUUGUUUCAUACAUAAUUAUAUGCCCAGCAAGCAGCCCAAAGCAGCACACAUUUACUAAAUAACUAUGAAAAAAAAUCAACAAAACUCAAGAGAUUGGAUACACUCCGGAAAAGACUCACUAACUACUAGUAAUAAUAUUAAUGGAACAGGUUUGGCGUGGUUUGCAGGGAGAACAGGGAUACAAAAAUCAGCUGAAUAGAUGAACAAGGGAAUUAGAGAUAGAAAAGUUAAACAGGAAAUUUACAAACAAGUCUGAAACAUCCAGAAGCUGAAAGCAUGUCCUCGGCUUUAAAUCCCAGCUCUGCCUUCUGCUGUCUCCAGUAGCAUAUUUAAGCACAUUAUUUAAACUCUGGGCCCCAAUAUUUCAGGUAGAAAGAAGCCAGUUCCACCAACUUUGCCAUGAAGUUUUCAGAAUGGAAUGGGUAAGUACAGUAGUUUAAAAAUUGGAUGACAGCCCUGGAGUUGACUCAAAAGAUAAAGGCAUCUAUCUGCUACCAUGUCUGCUGACUUAAGAUCAAUCCCUGGACACACAAGGCCCUCUGACCAAACAUAUGCUGUACUCAUGCACAUUCCCACAUACACACAAAAUAAUAAAAUGUAAUAAAAAUUUGAUUUCUUUGUAAAAUAAUAGUGAAAUAUAAGUUCAUUUAGAACCUCAGAUUACAACUAGAAACAAACAAGAGGAAAUAUUAGAAAAAGUGGGCUGUGCUUGGUGGUGCCCUGUACUAUUCCUUUUACUGGAGAAGGUAAGGUAAGAGGCCACCCUGGGCUACAGAGUUGAGCACCGUGUACCAACCAGGGAUACGUGGUGAGACAAUGUCUCCAAUUGGAACAGAAGUGGUGAAGCAGGUAAAAGGAAAACAAGGAAUGAGAGAAUGGAAGCCAGUGAAGAGUCUCAAACAGACUGUUGCACUAUAAAGCCCUGGUUGGCCUAGAACUCAAGAGACGUCCACCUGCCUUUGCCUUCCCAGGUCCAGAAUCAAAUGGGUGCCCCAACACAACCACCCCUAUAGGAAAAGGCUUUGGGGAAGAAAUAGCAGGAGAAACUGUAGCUUAAGCCCAAUACAGUGUAUAAAGUCAUAGGAUUUGGAAAUUUUAAGGUCAAUCAUGAACCAAAAAAUAAAAAACUGAACUAGCAAAAACCUGUGUUCUACAAUGUUCAUAAGGGCAAUACUAUAAACUGAGGAGAUCCGCUAAGUGAGACAGAACAAAGAAAAUCUGGAGGGCUGAUAAGAUCGCUAAGAGGUAAAGGAGCUUACUGACAAGCCUGACAACCGACAGUGGAAAGUGAAAACUGACUCCCAGGAGUAGUCUUCUGACCUCCAUCUGUGUGUUGUGGAAGAUCCAAACCAGACACACUACAUACAUGCACAAGGCUCAGGAUUCAGUCCCCAGCAUAGCCAAAAAAUGUGUGCUCAUAUGUUAAACCCAGCUACCUGGGAGACUGAGAUAGGGAAUCACUUAAAACUCAGGAGUUAAGACCCAGACUGUGCAAUAUUACAAGAUACCGUUUGAAAAAGUAAUGUGUAGAUGAUUAGGGCACUCAGAACCACAUAAAAAUGAUACAAGUUAUCUAGUUUUCAAGAAAGUACCAGAAAUAAUUCUAAAUGUAUAGCUUAAAUAUAAAUACAUUUUUAGACAUACAUUUCAACACAUAAAACUUUAAGUGCAUACCUCACAAGCAGUUUUAGACUAAUAAUAGCAUUCAAGGUCAGUGUGAGCCACCUACCCAGGUUCUAGGCAGCUUUUGCUGCACAGCUCCAUCCCACCCCCCAAAAUGACAAAUAAAUAACAGAUUAUCUAAAAGAAGCCCAGCAACUGAAUCCUUAAAGCCCAGGAACAAUGGAAAGGAAAAGGGAAUAAGGGGCUGAAAACAUAGAUUUCAAUAAUGUAAAAUUUGUUAAUUUGGACACAAGAAGCUUCCUUAGCUCUUUACAUCAACUAUGCCCGAGUGACAAAUUCAAUUGCUAACUUGAAAAAAAAAAAUCAAUGAAAAUGAACAGUACAAGGAUCAAAAACCAUGUAAGAAACUGGUGGUCUAUCAAAGUAAGCAAAAGCCUCAACACAUGUUUUAAUGAAUAUUUUAACCUCAGUCUACCCACAUGGAACAUUAAGCUGGCAUCAGACUGUACUAGAAAGCUAUAUGACCACAAAACUUUAAAUCCAUACGUAUUUAAUUAAAUAAAUCACAGGCAAUUUUCACUUAAGUUUUUUGAAAAUUAUCUCAAAAACACAAAAGUAUUAAGAACAAUCUUAAAACUACUAAAUCAACUAAAGGUGUCAUAUAAAAUAUAUAAGAUUUUUAAGUUUAACUAAACCCACUUUGUGGAAUAAAAUAAAGGUUUACUGGUUUGUUGGAUGUGUGAUGCAAACCUUUAAUCCCAGCAGGUAAGUGGCAGAAGCAGAUAGAUGGAUUUCUAAGAGGGGUAACCGGCCUGUUCUACACAGUGGGCUCCAGGCUGCCCAAGACUACAGACUCUGUCUCAAAAUAACCACAACACAGACUGUGGAGGCUGUUGUGGUGGUGCAUGCCUUUGAUCCCAGCAGAAGAAAGUGAAUAUCUGAGUUCGAGGCCGGACUAGUAUCAGGAUAGCAUGGAAUAUAAGACCCUAUGUCAAAAAAAAACUAACAAAUAAGCAAGAACAACAAUUAGGGUCUGGAGAGUGGCUCACGGUUAAAAACAACUGUGGCUCACACAGAAGACCAGGGUUCAAUACGCCCAUAUGAUGGCUCCUUAAUCAUCCAUAACUACACGGAUCCAAAGAUUUCUGAUUUUGAGGAUGCUUGUACACAUGUGGUGCAUAAACACACAUUCAGGCACAUACAUACCAAUAAUAGAAGUAAAUAACUAUUAAAAAAAAUAAACACACACACACACACAGCUGAGCCUGAGCGUGGUGGCACACACCUUUAAUCCCAUCACUCAGGUGACAGGCAAGCCUGGUCUACAUAGUUGAGUUCCAGGACAGCCACAGAAUACACAGAGAAACCCUGUCUGAAACAAAACAAAAACCUACAGCAAAUAUUUACUGGUUCAAUCACUUGACUACAAUGCUUUUGUCAACAAAAACAUUAUUGAUAUUUUAUGUUUCUUUUACUUUUUUUUGUUUGAGAUUGAGUCUAUGUAGCUCUGGUUGUCCUGGAAUUCUCUAUGUAAAUCAGGGUGGCCUGAACUCAUGGAGAUCCAUCUGAGUAUGGGACUAGAGACUUGUGCCACCACACAGCCGAGUAUUUUUAAUUUUUGAAUGAAAUUCUUUAUAUUCAUUCAAUGUAAUGAAAACUGAAGAUUUAUGUUUAUUUGAGAAUACUUUCAAGACGGUUUCUGUAUCUUUGGCUGUCCCGGAACUCACUCUGUAGACCAGGCUGGCCUCAAAUUCACAGAGAUCCACCUGCCUCUGCCUCCCCUCCCGUGUGCUGGGAUUAAAAGUGUGCGCCUCCAUGCCCCGCGAGAAUACCUUUUCUACAUUAAUCAACCUCCUGUUUCAACAUUACUUCUUCCUAAACUCACCAAAGGUGUGAUGUAUGGUGUGUAUGAACAAUACAUCCUAAGUCUAAGAAAAAAAAAAAACCAGGUGCAACGUUUAGAUGCAUGCCUUUUUCUUCUAAGCUCAAGUUAUAUCCUGGAAAGAACUUAAAACUAAAUGCAACUAUCCUACAACUCAAAUAAUCCUUUCAAACAGAGGCACUUAAUUUUAAAAAUUCAAGACUGGAACCCGAAACUACCAUCUUUCAAAAUUUAGGGGGUAACUCAAGUCGAUCGGGGGUUCACAUAAGUGGACAUUUAGCUUUGUUUUAGCUCGGACCAAACAAAAAGUACGUUUUACUUCACAGUUAAGACCAAUUCUUUGCGCAGACAUUUCAUAAAUCCAGUAGAGAGAGUUCAAAUGGGCCUUGUAUGAGUAAAAACAAGGACGUGGAAUGAAAAGUCAAGAGAAGCCGACUCAAAAGAGGUUAAUUCAGUUAAAAGUGUUGAUGAAUCAUGAAGCGCUAAAGGAAAUCCGAGUGAGAACAGCGGCAUCCCGGGUAUUUAAAAAGUUGAGGGUGGCAAGGCAAACUUCAGCGGCGGGCCGCAAGCCAUUGUGCGAGGUGGCAGCCCGAAGCGGCGUGGCUGUCAAGGGGCAACUGCGUCCCGAGGCGCGGGGGAGGGGGCAGGACGCCACAUCGGAGGGGGGUGCCGGGGCCAGGAGGCGUCUAGCCCAGGCCCUUUGCGCCUGUGCUCAACCUCAAGAGAACCAACAAGCGCCAACUCGGGGCCCAGCGGACCCACGCCAACCUGGCGCUCGGAGGCGCUGGGCCCAAGCCCGGAGGCCCGGUAAGGCGCCGCCGGAGGAGCCCCGCAGACGCCAUGCUAAAAGCCAAAAUGGCUGCCCCGAGGAUGCCCGCAGCGCGCCGCCUGUGAGCAGGGAGCGGGCCGCUGCGGGAGCGGGGGAGGAGGCGCCGGGAAGGCAGUCGCCGCUCGCCAGCCGGAGCCUCUCAGAGGAAACAGUUGUAGGAGAUCAAGUGCCAUUGCGAGUCAUCUCAUCUCACGUCCUUAAGCCAGAAGCAGCUGUCCAGCUGGGGUUCAGAAGGUCAGGCCAACUGGAGGAACACUGCAAGCCUGUGGGAAAGCCAUAACUCGCCAGCUUUGUUAUUCAAAAAUUCAAGCUUUUAGGUAACACAUUCUCUUAAUCUUAAGUGAAUAAAAAUCCCCAGCAGUAAGUUCUUACUAGUGUCUAGCUUGACUUAGCUUCUUUGCCCAACCUACAGCAAAGUAGU